AUGUCAGGCGUCGCCGCUUCUAUCAUGCCUAGAGGCAGGACUGCCCACUCGAGGUUUAAGAUCCCAUUGAGCUGCGACGAUGGCGCCUCAUGCACCUUCACGAAGCAGAGUGGUACUGCCAAGCUACUAAGGAUGGCCUCAUUGAUACUAUGGGACGAGGCCACCAUGACUAAGCGACAGGCGGUCGAGGCACUCAACAACAGCAUGCGCGACAUCAUGGGAAGACGGGACCGACCCUUUGGAGGAAAAACUGUUGUGUUUGGCGGGGACUUCAGGCAGGUGCUUCUAGUCGUCAGGAGGGGGUCCCGGGGUCAGAUAAUCGAUGCAACCCUCCGAAGUUCACAUCUCUGGAAAGGUAUGCGCCAGCUAAGGCUCGUCACCAACAUGAGGGCUCAUAAUGACACCUGGUUUGCGGAUUACUUGCUAAGGGUAGGCAAUGGUACCGAGGAAGUUGACGAUCAAGGAAACAUACGACUCCCUGAAGAUUUUUGUGUGCCGUCUACAGGCGAGGGUGACGACCUGGAGAAGCUGAUUGACCAUGUGUUUCCGAGACUAGAUGACAACAUGUCUGAUCCGAAUUACAUGACUUCACGCGCAAUCCUCUCCAGCACGAACGACAACGUCGACAAGAUAAACAUACGCAUGGUAGAGCGUUUUCGGGGAGAAGAAGUAAUCUACCAUAGCUUUGACAGUGCAGAAGACGACCCAUAUGGUUACUACGCUCCCGAGUUCCUAAAUGGAUUGACUCCCAACGGUCUGCCUCCGCAUGCACUCAAACUGAAGCUCAACUGCCCUGUCAUACUUUUAAGGAACAUUGAUCCGGCUAAUGGUCUGUGUAACGGGACGAGGCUUGUGGUGCGAGGUUUCGAGAGGAACGCCAUCGACGCAGAAAUCGUGAUCGGACAACACGCAGGUAGGAGGGUAUUCCUUCCUCGAAUACCACUAUGCCCGUCUGACAACGACAUGUUUCCAUUCAAGUUUAAGAGGAAGCAAUUUCCUGUAAGGCUUAGCUUUGCUAUGACGAUUAACAAGGCACAAGGACAGACGAUUCCGAUUGUUGGCGUGUACCUACCUAAUCCGGUGUUUUCUCAUGGUCAACUCUAUGUCGCAUUGUCUCGAGCCACCGCGAAGAGAAAUAUAAAGAUCCUCAUUGAGAAGGAGAAGGACAAGGAGAAUGGCAAGAAGCAAAGCAGUAAAUCAAAGAAGCGAAAAAGACCUACCUUGUCCUUACAAACCUCGAUGAAGAACAUCAUCUAUAAGGAAGUCCUUACAGGCUGA